UGUCAGCUGACCAGAAGUGCUGCUGGCUGUGAAAUGGAUUUCUGUGUUUCUGUGUCGGAGUUACAUUUUUUUAGCAAAGACAGAAGCCACAACAACACGGGAAUCUCCAAGUGAACACUAAGCAUCACAGGGUCUGGAUUAUUGUGCUGAUCUCUAUCAGGCACAGCACCAAAGUCCCUGCAGACAAUGGCUUCACGAGAAACAGUCUGCCCUUUACACUCUGAACAAGAAUAACUCUCUGUUUAACACUUUCUGUCUUGGUGUUCAUCCUUUCUCUCUGCCUUCUUUUUCCUCCUUCAUCCUUGCUUUGUGAGUAUUCUGUGUUCUGUCUGUAAACAUGGAUGGCACGGAGCCUGUGCAGCCUAGUCUGAACUCCGCCUACAUCCCAUCUGCAAACCACCAUGUAUCCGAGGACGAGGAGAGCGAGGAUACGAGUCCCUCUGCGUCCCUCCUGCCCAAACAUUCAUCAGUUCCCCUGGCUGUUCGCUACAGUCCAGAGGACUCGUACAAUCUGGUGUACAUCAUUUUCUUUCUGAUGGGCAUCGGCUCACUGCUUCCCUGGAACUUCUUCAUCACAGCCAAACACUACUGGCUCUACAAGCUGAGCAACAACACUAAUGAUGCGAGCGGCAGGGAGCAACAUUCGCCGCUAAGUGACUACUUUGAAAGCUAUCUGACCAUAGCCUCCACAGUGCCCUCUGUGUUGUGUCUGAUACUCAACUACUUCCUGGUGAACAGGAUGUCUGCACAAGUGCGGAUCCUGUCAUCUCUUUUUGUGAUCCUGGUGGUCUUCAUUUUGACCACGGCGCUGGUGAAGGUGGACGUGUCGGACUGCAGGGUGGAGUUCUUUGCUGGCACACUAGCUUGUGUGGCUAUCGUCAGCGGAGCCUCAAACCUUUUCUCUGGCAGCGUGUUUGGAAUCAGUGGGCAUUUCCCCAUGAGGAUUUCCCAGGCUCUCAUAUCAGGUCAGGCCAUGGGGGGCACACUGAGUGCUGUAGCAUCAAUAGUAGACCUGGCAGUGGCAAAGGAUGUGACAGACAGCGCUCUGGUUUACUUCCUGACAGCUGACAUCUUCAUUCUGCUCUGCAUCAUCACAUAUCUCCUGCUCCCCAAGCUGGCAUACUCAAGACACUACAUGCUUGCAGCAUCAAGCAGCAGCCCAGGUGUGAUAAAUGAUGGAGGAGCAGCAGCAGCCAGCAGCAUCCCUCCUCUGCAGCCCAUCCUCAGAAAGACGUGGGUGCUCGGCCUGAGCGUCUUCUACGUCUUCUUCGUCUCCAUCAUGGUCUUCCCUGCCAUCUCUUCGGGGAUCCAGUCCGUUCACAAUGACAGCGGCAGCCCCUGGACAACCACAUAUUUCAUUCCUCUCACCAGUUUCCUCUUGUACAAUGUAGCUGACUUCUGUGGCAGGCAGGCCACAGCCUGGCUGCAGCUCCCCGGUCCCACCAGCCGAGUCCUGCCUCUGCUUGUGUUAAGUCGCACCAUCAUAGUGCCACUUCUUAUGUUCUGCAACUACCAGCCAAGAGACCAUAUCCACACUGUGUUUUUCACCCAUGACAUUUACCCUGUAGUCUUUAACUGCCUGUUAGGCCUCUCCAACGGCUACCUAGGCACUCUGCCGAUGAUCUACGGCCCUAAGGUGGUACCUCGAGAACUGGCGGAGGCCACAGGAGUGGUCAUGUCCUUCUUCCUCACUUUAGGACUGGCUGUUGGGUCUGCUUUCUCUGUUCUACUUGUGCACAUCAUCUGAGCAGGCUCCUAAGCACUCACAUCAUCAGAAACAGGGGUACAAGUGAACUCUACAGCAGAUAGGAGCUGGACAGUCGAGUCAGUGAGCUGUCAGCUGAUUAAAAACAAAGAGAAGGAGAGCAAGUCUCCUUCCGUGAGGGAACGUGCUGCUAAUAUUGUUCUCAUAUCAGAUUUACCAUAAGAAUAAACUUCAUCAUGCCUUACAGUAGCAUUAAUUGUUAUACCACAGUUGUGAUUCUCAACUGGUUUAACCUGAGGACCCACCACUUCCUUCGUGUCAAAUCACAUCCAAAAUUUUCCCAAAAUUUUCCCAUUUAUUUGAUAAGUGAUUUUGCAGUUUGGAGCUUACACCAUGUCCCAACAGCAUGUGAGCGUUAGACAUUGUGUCACAUUGUACACUCACUUGCUGUCCGCAUUGCACCCUUAAAAAGAAGUGUCUGUCUAGGAAAUUUUAGUUUCAGCUUGUAAAAAAUAGGACAUCUAGCACUUUUAUUUUAAGAGCAGAGAAACAGAUGGGGGGUUUGUAUUGACGAGCUUUGAUCUGAAUAGUUUUUCCUCUGUGUUUACACAGGUCAGAACACAAUAAAUGUCUCACAGGGAAGCAGAUAUAAGUAGUGCACAGCUUUCUCCACUUUGUAAAACAUGCUAACUACUCUGCAGAGUGAGGAAAGUGAAAGAAAACCAAGGAAAUAUUUCUGUCCAACACUCCUUGUGCCUUGUCAUCUUCCUCUUCUGUUGAUUUUUGCCUAUCUCAAUGUGAGCAACAGAAAAGAAAAUAGGAACUGAGGAAAAUGUUGCGCUGUACUACAUCGGUAUGAAUCAGUGUAGUCAACCUGAUUUCAUCGCUGCCUAGGGGGGCCAGUAUCAUUGGCAUGAUAUCUGUAUCGGACAAUACCAGUUUUAACUGUCGAUUUCCCUGCUCCUCUCUCAGCUCCACUUGACUCAGCCUCUCUUUGCACCAGAGACACAUGGUGUUCUUUCCGAUAUAAAAAGAUGUGUGUAUAUUGGUAUCAGAGAAAAUGAGGUUGGAAUAAUUGUCAUAUUUUAUAUAGGCAAAAAUUCAAUGUUUUGCAAUCCUAGACAUCUAGUUAGGACAUGGUGUCAGAUGGACCAAAUCAUAUAAAAACAAACAUGUUUUAAAAGCAGAUAUUCAGGGAGGAUAUGCAUGCAUGGAUACAUUUUAUUUUCACUAUUUUCCCUUGAUAAUAUUUGCAUUUUGGUUGUUUUCUAAAAAUCUCAAGAAAUUAAAGGUACUAUGUGUAAAAAUGGAAAUAUUAAAGCCCAGUUCAGACCAGAUAUUUGCGACGGGACAAUGCAGUUUUAGAAUGUCGCUGCCAAUGGUUGCAGCCUUAUGAACUGAGCCUUUGCAGCUCGAAGAAAGCCGUCUGAUGCUGUUGCCUGCAGUUCAGCUUGUCAAGUUGCAUUCAGCCGGUUGCAGGGUGUUGCAAGCAGAUAAACCAGAAGAAGGGAAGUAGAAAUAUUGAAAAGGCUCUCGUUUUUGCUGCUCUGGUCAUUAGCAGGAUGUGCUGCACUAUAUGAUUUAAUACAUGUAGGAGCUAGAUACAUCAGUGAAAUUUUUUUUUAUCUUCUUUAUAACAAGACUGAGCUAGCAAAGCACUUUCAUGUUUAUAUGUGCCGUGAAACUUCGCUACCGUGCUACGAUGACGACAUAGUAAUGCACAGGAAUCAAACAGCCUGACGUUAUGCACUAUCAUGAUGAAAAAGAUGCAUGGAAAACAGUUUAUGUGCAAGACUGUUCCCAUCGUUGAGAAAGAUUUAGAUAGAUUAAUUCGCCGUACCUUCAGAAAUAAAUCACAGAGUGACUGUGAGAAACUGCUAUGGAAAUACUGACAGGUGACAGAGUGGCACAUUGCAAGCUCGUUUGAGCUCGUCUCGUCAUGAAUGUUUGGUCUGAACUGAGCUUUAGAGACAUCUAACUGUCAGAUCCUAGACUGCAACACUCACUCCUGGAGGUAACAGUGCCAAACACUGGAAUUUAAACAAACCAUAACUGUGAAAUGGUCCCAUGUAAGAACAUGGUGGUGCAAGUUGGUGGAGUCCACGGAGUGGGACCCCUUAUGUAUACAUAACAGACUUAAUAUAAGUUUAUUAAGAUGCAAUGAUUUUUUUUAUGUUUUCAGGUGAUUAAACACCAAUUUAAACAUACUUGUGAGAAUUGUGUACCAUUAAAUGCUACGAAAUACUUCACACUGUACCUUUAACAGAUUAGCAUGGGGAAACCAACUUUGUUUCCCAAGAUAAUUUAGUUCAGAUCUUUAGAAAACAACAAAUAUUUGUUUGUUAUUAAAGCAAAAUGGAGCAAAAGAAAAUAUAUGGAUGCAUUUCAGCUUAGGGCCUCGUUAUAUCAGAGACUUUUUGCUGCAGUUUUUUUUCCCAGGACAACAUUCACAACCUGAAAGUAGCUUUGCAACAGGGCUGGAAUUGGACUUUUUUUCUACCUGCCACUGAGGCUGGUGAAUUAAAAAAUCUACAAGCCAUAAGCAUUUUUUACCAGCCCUCUUUUUUAACAAGCAGCAUUAUUUAAAAAGGUUCAAUAUAAUAAUAAGGCUUAUAGUAUUUAAGUUAUGGGGUCUUUAAUGUGGGUUGGUGCAUAAAUAAUCCUAAACAUCGCUCAUUUUAAACCUCUUUUUAGGACCACUUUGUUCUGUAUUAUUCAGCCAUGCAGAUGUUGGCAAUGCUUCUACAGUGACACCAAAUUCAUAGGCAUUUUCCUAUAUCAUGAGCGUAAGACUUGCUAUUUUGUGUGCAAAAAAUUUCUGCCGUUUCACACCAGAAAUUCAGGCUUUGUUUAGCCACUUUGGACUUGUGACAAGCAAGACAUUGUUAACAGAUGCACCAGUUGCAGUGGGAGACUGCUCUCAUGAUACUGAGUCAGACAUCCCAGCAUACAGCUGCCUGUCAACAUUUGACAGCAGCUCUGACACAGGGGGAGGGAGGCAGGGUUUCUUGGUCAGUGAGUAUGUAGGUCUGUUCUGCUUUUCUUAUUGUCAGUAAGAACAAGCAGAAAAAGUGAUUUAAUUAAUGCUGUUUACUCUGACUAAAUCACUGUUGGGUUAGGCUACUUUUAUUUACCUGCCCCAGUGGCUGGUAAGUUGGGCAGAUUCACUUGACACUGUGCUAAAGUACGUGCAUUUGGCUGGUGGCGGGUGCUAAUUUUCCACCCCACUCUGCAACCAAUAUUUAUAUAUUGUCAAGUCGAGAACAACUACAUUAAAGUAUUCAGGUGCUCCUUGGAUGCUUGAGUUCCCACGUAGGGGUGUUUUUCUUCUCAUGCAUGGUGUAUUUGUGAGCUUUGAAGUUGUACUGUGAAAAAACAGAUGGCACAAAAUGUAUGUAUCAUUUUAUGACUUCAGAUUUUUCUAAGUCAUUUUGUUUACAGCAACAAACGGUACUGACUUAACACCAUAUUGCGCAUUAUACAUGGGGAAAAUUGGCGAGAAAUAUGAGGUACUUAACCAUCAACACAUUUCCUUUCAUACACCAUCUUUCUGCUAAAUAUAAAAGAACUGCAGCACUUGCAGCCUUGCAUACUCCAUGUACAGAGGCUGUGGUGCUCCUAUAAAAUGUUUCCAUUUGAGGAUCCUGUUUUCCAAUUUCUGAUAAAUGGGUUGUUUACACUUGUAAAGGUCUUAAUGCGAGGAAGUGGUUCUCCAAGCUAAAAAUGCAAUCAGUGCAGUCCAUAGGGGUCUCUUGUACAUUUUUUUUUUACAUGUAUCUUGUGUAAGGGGAGAAUAUUUGUGCCAACUGAAGUCAGAGGGAUAUUUUUCAGUUCAACUUGAAGAGGCCAAAGUAGCAUCACAUCCUGAGGGAUAGAACUGAACAAAGAUGUGACUAAAUCUUGUAGAUCAGUGCCAUCUGUUAACCUUAAAGCUUUAUAAACCAAACAUUUUCUGUUAUGACUCUUUGAUAUCUGUAUUUUAUAAUGGUACACUUGAUAAAGUUAGUCCUUAGAGACAUUCAUGUGGGAAAUGCAUUAUAGGUAUACUCUUCAAACUGCGUGUAACUGAUGACUGUUUUUCAAAUGACAGUUUUGUAAUUUUACAUCUGCACAAUAAAAGACAACU